UGUCGCAAAAUCUGAAAAAAUAAAAAUAAAAAAUAAAUUAGUUGAAGUUGGCUUCCGUUUGCGUCCACCCAAAAUCUCUCCUCCAAUUUGCCGGACACCCUAAAUCGCGCGCAGCACACACACACACACUCUCUCUCUCUCGCAGCAGCAGCAGCAAAAGCAAAAGCAAAAGAUAACAGCAGAAGAAGAAGGGGCAGGGGCAGGGGCAGUCCCACUCCCACCAGUGACCAGCCUGGCCCCAUGUAUUAAUGGAAGGAAAGCAAAAAACUCUUGGGUAAAAUUUGACUGGGUCAACUCAGGUUGAAGUGGAUGUUGCCGCAAAUUGAGGUGGCCCCAAGCUCACCCUCGGAUGGGGAUUUUUUUCCAGAACUUCUGAGGUGAAUGCAAGGUUGUACAUGUAGUUUGCAGAUCAAACCACUGUGGUAGGUAUCUAGAGAUCUUUGAAUUCCAUUGUGGGUCACGACAAGGGUUCAUCUGUAUCCCUGAAGGUAAAAUGGGAAGGCAUGGGUGGAUUUCUAUGCGUUUCUACGUAACUCGCCUAUAGAGGAUGAAGAGAACCAGAUGGAAGUGAAGCUGGUACAAGGGGAUGCCACUGGGUAGGUGGCCAUUGACAUAUUGCAAUGCAUGCAACAGCAAUGGAGCCUCUCACUCCCAUGAGUGAAAUGAGGUGUGAUUUGCAUGAGAGGGUAAUCGUUUUGGAUUAGAAAUAGGCAAUUGUCUACCAAUGUGCCAUAUUCAUUUGUCCUUGUGAACAAACCAACACUUCGCAAAGGAUUUUACUUGCAAUGCUAUGCUUCUGUCAAGAAAAACUUCUGACCCUUGUCACUGUUAGUUUGGACUGACUGUGUACCUGACUGGAGUUUCUUUCUUUCCUUCUUUUCUUUUGGGUUGGUUGUGGUGGCAGUGUUUGAAAUGUACCCUUGAAAAUCACUUCUAAUCUGUGUUCCUGAGAGAAAUUCUUAGAAUCAUGUGACCCUGAUAUUUUCUUGUUUAAGUGGAUACAUGGCUAAUCAUUCUUUAACUGUAGCUGCACCCAACACUUCUCUUGAUAUAAUUGAUCAUCCAUUAGCCAUUGGCCAAGAAUUUGCUGAUGUAGAAACUUGCCGAAGAACAUUAAAAGAUAUUGCCAUAGCACUGCAUUUUGAUCUUAGAAUAGUUAAAUCAGAUCGCAGUCGGUUUAUAGCCAAGUGCAAUAAAGAGGGUUGUCCAUGGCGUGUUCAUGUAGCCAAAUGUCCUGGAGUUCCAACCUUUACAAUUAGAACCCUACAUGGAGAGCAUACCUGUGAAGGAGUUCGCAACCAUCAUCAUCAGCAAGCAUCGGUAGGUUGGGUUGCUAGAUCUGUGGAAGCACGCAUUCGGGAUAAUCCACAAUACAAACCAAAAGAGAUCCUGCAAGAUAUCCGUGAUCAGCAUGGAGUUGCUGUUUCCUACAUGCAAGCUUGGCGUGGGAAGGAGCGUAGCAUGGCUGCACUUCAUGGAACUUUUGAGGAAGGGUAUCGCCUUCUUCCUUCAUACUGUGAGCAAAUAAGGAAAACAAACCCGGGAAGCAUUGCAACUGUUGUUGCCACCGGACAAGAAAAUUGCUUCCAGCGCCUCUUUAUAUCUUAUCGUGCGUCAAUAUAUGGGUUUAUAAACGCUUGUAGACCACUAUUAGAACUUGAAAGAGCACAUCUUAAAGGAAAAUACUUGGGUACAGUACUUUGUGCAGCUUCUGUUGAUGCUGAUGAUGCAUUGUUUCCAUUGGCUAUUGCUAUUGUUGAUGUGGAAAGUGAUGAGAAUUGGAUGUGGUUCAUGUCAGAAUUGCGAAAACUUCUUGGUGUUAAUACUGACAACAUGCCUAGGCUUACAAUACUAUCGGAAAGACAAAGAGGCACAGUUGAGGCUGUGGAAACUCAUUUUCCAAGUGCUUUUCAUGGUUUUUGUCUGCGUUAUGUCAGUGAAAAUUUCCGCGAUACAUUUAAAAACACAAAAUUGGUGAAUAUCUUCUGGAAUGCUGUCUAUGCACUUACAGCAGUUGAAUUUGAAAGCAAGAUUGCUGAGAUGGUAGAAGUUUCGCAAGAUGUGAUACCAUGGUUUCAACAAUUCCCUCCCCAACUUUGGGCUGUUGCAUAUUUUGAGGGUGUGCGAUAUGGCCAUUUUGUGCUGGGGGUCACAGAGUUGUUAUAUAAUUGGGCCCUUGAAUGUCAUGAACUCCCUAUUGUGCAAAUGAUGGAGCAUAUUCGCCAUCAAUUGACAUCUUGGUUUAAUGAUCGCCGAGAUAUGGGCAUGAGGUGGACCUCUAUUCUUGUACCAUCUGCUGAGAAGCGGAUUUUAGAGGCAAUUGCAGAUGCUCGUUGCUAUCAAGUACUUCGUGCAAAUGAAGUUGAGUUUGAGAUUGUGUCAACUGAGCGGACAAAUAUAGUGGAUAUACGAAGUCGUGUUUGCUCAUGUCGCCGUUGGCAGCUGUAUGGUUUACCCUGUGCACAUGCUGCUGCUGCACUUAUUUCUUGUGGGCAAAAUGCCCAUUUAUUUGCUGAGCCUUGUUUCACAGUAGCAAAUUUCCGAGAGGCCUAUUCGCAGAUGAUAAAUCCUAUUCCAGAUAAAAGCCAAUGGAGAGAACUAGGUGAGGGGGCAGAGGGUGGAAGUGCCAAGGUUGAUAUCACGAUACACCCACCGAAGACUCGCCGACCACCUGGAAGGCCCAAAAAGAAGGUUCUACGUAUAGAGAGCUUUAAGCGGCCAAAGAGAGUUGUUCAAUGUGGUCGCUGCCAUAUGUUAGGACAUUCACAAAAGAAAUGCACAAUGCCAAUUUGACCUGAGUUAGUUUGUCAAAGUUUUUUUUUUUGAAAUUCUAAAUUUAGUCUGAAAUGCAAUAGAAUCAAUGGAGUGCUUGUAAUCUCAAUGUAUGUCUGACUAUUUUGUUGCAAAAAAUAAGGAUUAGGUCUUUUUUGGCAUUGUUCUAUUUGUAUGUCUUUUAUCUUUGGUGGCAGCAUGUUCAUGUUUCUAUUCUUAAAUAGCAUAAUCAGGUCAUUACAAUCUUGUUCAUAUCA